AAACAAGAGACCGAAAAUGAAGAAUAAGUUGCGUCAAUGUUUCGCUGUCUUCUGCUAUUUAAUUCCAGCUUUCUGCAUUUAAUGUACCAUUAUAAGCUUUGAUAGUAUUUCUUAGUUUGUCUUUAACACCGAUUUUGCCCUGGUUGACCAGCAACAGCAGCCCGAAGAAGACCUGUUAGCCCCCGAGCUAACAGAGAAGCUAACUGUUUCCUUUAAGGAUAAAUGGGACGAAAGGAAACUUUACAUUGAAAGUAUUGGACAUUUAUUCAAGUCCUUCUCGGACGAGCAAACACGUCAAGAGUCGGCUUUCCACCGCAUCAUGUCUGUCAUCACGUGGGAGGUCGUUGGCGAUCACUUUCUCAUCAACCAAUCAAGCAACUCCAUUCUUGACUGUAACCAAGGCAAUGCAGUGGAGGAGAAACUGGAGGAACCAGAAGCUCGACUAAUUAAAGAAGAAGAGAUCGAAGUCUGCAUCAUUCAGGAUGAAGAGCGGGUUGAUGUGAAGAAGGAAACUGACACAUGUAUUCUGACUUCCACUUGUGAGGAAACCUUUCUCGGUGAGCCAGAACUGCAGCAGAUGUUGGGGAGAAAGGAUGAACCAGAACAAAUUGAUAAGGAACCAGUUGAAGGCAGUGCCUUCCAGGAAGACGACCAGCAAGGAGUGAAGCAAGAGACGGACACCUUCAUGGUGACGCCUUCUUGUGAACCAGAACCAAACAGUGACAUCGUACAAGACAGAAACUUUUCUUGUGAAGUUUGUGGUAAAUGCUUUACUAAAUCUAACUACCUGACUGAUCACAUAAGAACCCACUCAGGUGAAAAACCCUUCUCAUGUCUGACCUGUGGGAAAGGUUUCACACAAAAAACUAACUUGAUUGUACACAUGAGAACCCACACUGGUGAAAAGCCCCAUUCCUGUCAAUUAUGUGGGAAGUCUUUCAGAGCCAGUGGCCAUUUGGCUAGCCACAUGAGAACUCACACAGGGGAGAAGCCUUUCUCAUGUUUGGUCUGUGGGAAAGGCUUCACCCAGCAAAGUAACUUGACUGUUCACAUGAGAACUCAUUCUGGAGAAAAACCUUACUCUUGUGAUGUUUGUGGGAAAGCCUACAGUGACAAAACAUACUUAAAUGAUCACAUAAGAAGUCACACAGGCGAGAAGCCUUAUUCUUGUAAAGUGUGUGGCAAAUCUUUCAGUAACCGGAGUCCUUUGACCAACCACAUGAGAACUCACACAGGUGAGAAGCCGUAUCACUGCAAAACCUGUGGUAAAGCUUUUAGCGACUGUAGCAAUCUGGCUAAGCACAUGAGAACCCAUACAGGUGAGAAGCCCUACUACUGUAAUGUUUGCGGUAAAGCGUCUAGUGACAGCAGCAGCAUGGCUAAGCACAUGAGAACCCACACAAGUGGGAAGCUGUAUACUUGUUAAGUUUGUUGAAGUUCUUCCAGAAAUAAUUAGCAGAUUACAUAAAAACUCUUUAUAUUCUGUCUGAGCUGUUGAAUAGCUUGUAAAUCCAUCUCCAGGUGCCUAUCUGCUGCCGGAUGUAGGGCUCACGUUGGAAAGGCAACACAGGACAAACAACCAUACACUAUCCAUUAUCAAACACGCUUAUUCCCUGUGGGGUCGUGAGAGUACUGGUGCCUUUCUCCAGCAGUGAGGCGGGAUCACUCUGGACAGGUCGCCAGUCCAUCUCCACUUUAUUUAAAUUGAUUAAUUACAUGUU